AUGAUAUCUUAUAAUUUUAAAUUAAUUAUAUUUUCAAUCGUAUUAGGAGCAAUAACCUUAUUUUAUAAUAAUGACUGCGAUGCAUUAUAUAUAAAUAUGAACCAUGAAAACAUGGUUUUAAGGACAACAAAUUUUAGACUAUUAGGAGAAUUAUCACAUGAACUUACAACAAACGAUGAACAUGAAAAUAAUGAACUAGGCGAAUAUUCAAAUACGAAUGAAGGAAAAUGCAAGAAAAACAAAUAUUCAAAUGAUGAAAAAAAAACAAAAGAAAAAGUACCACCAAUAAGAAAUAAGAAAUUUCCUGGAACACCAAAUAGAAAGAAAUAUAAAAAAGAAAUAUAUAAUAACACACAAGGAGGAAAUUCAAACAUAUCUCCUGGUCGCCUUGGAUAUUUAGGAAUGCAAAGAAAGCUUUAUAAUGAUUUUGAUGGAAAACAAGAACUAUAUUUUCGAAAACUUUCAGAUAAAUCAAAUAAUGAAAAUGAUAAUCCUUCUGAAUGAAAUUAUGAUACUAAUAUGGAUGCUACUGUUGCUCAAGGGGUAAUUAUAGCCUCUUAUAUUGGAAAUACCCUUACUCAAUUGACUAAAUCCCUUGUUUCAAUUGCUGUGUUUGUUUUAAUAUUUAUAACAGUGAUAGCUUUUAUAUAUGUUGUUACGCAAAAGAAGAAAAUUUUCAUGGAAACAUGA